AUGCACACGAAAGCUCCAACCCUAACCGCUUCUUUUCAUGACACCUCUCUGCUCCACCCAUCGUUGUCAACCUGCGUGCUUCCAGGUGAGACCCCGGUCUCCAAGCCCCUUACGGCGUCACCAGAGACCGUCGAGGUUCCGGAGGCCCUGGUUUUGGCUGUGCGUACCGCCAUUGGCAGUGGGGCGAGCAUUAACCCGAAGAAAAUGAUGGACUGGGAAGAGAAUGCCUACCUCGCCGGUCGCGUUUUGGAGGUGAUAGCGGUUGAAGACCGCGCGUCAGGGGCCGACGUCACCACCGCCGGCCGAAGGAAGAGCAAGUAUUGCGUUCCCCUGGCGGUGGAGCUGAUGGUCGCCGAGCGCUUCAGGGAGCGCCUUGCCGCAAGCAGGACGCAGUUGUCUAGGACGGAGCUCGACAAUAAGGAGACGGGAACAAGCGGUCGGAACGUGGUCACACACCUCAAGGACCACGAGCACAUCACCGCGGCACAGAUCGACCCGAACAUAGUCCAUCAGCCCGACAUUUCGUACGACAAGUUCAUGAACAUGGUGAAAGAGGUGAACAAGGACUAUCGCGACUGCCACCAGAGCAGAAGUCUGGGAGUCGCGAAGAAUGGUACUCCUUCUGCCGCGGUAAGGUCUGCUAUAACGGCACGUGUCGGGGGGGUACUCCUGGAGAAAAGACAGUGGUCGGUCCACGCGUCGGGAUCUUUAGUGUUGAAAUGUAGUUGAAUGAUAUUUCUGUAGCGUGCACCGUACUAUGCUUGGGACGAUGCUGGAACAAUAGGCCGGAUAACACAGCAGUUGACAAAUGAGUACUGUUCGGGCUCUUCGCCCUUGUUAGUUUUGGGUCAUGUAAUGUGCAAGGGUUCCUCUGUUGGUCGUGAACGCCCGACAAAGUACAGCCCCCCCCCGCCCCCCGCCCCGACCUACUGUGGUUCCCCUCAUCACNCCCCCCCCCCCCCCCGACCUCCUGUGGUUCCCCUCAUGACGAAGGGUUUCAAUAAUAUGCCUUUGAACAACCCGAUUUUUCUGCAUGUUGGCGAUGCAUCGAUAACACAAUUAUGUUCUUCCCACAAAUAUAUGUGCGCUCUAAAUGACAUCAGCGGGAAGUACGAUUCCGCUUGCAAGUUCCAGCACGACGAUAUACUUUCGUGGUGACGUCCGCUUCCGCUCAAUGUCACAUUAUUGCUGUCUAACGAUCGCCCC